CUAUAACCGGAAGCAGUAUUCUGCUGUGGAUAAAGUUCACUUUUCAGCUAAGAGGUUGACACUUGACAGCAAUGUAACAUGUGAUUUCUGAUUCAUAUUUAAGCUGGAAUGAGUGGGUCAUCACCCAACAGUAGCAGUAGCGAUGAAAACUCGCCCCUACAACAAAAUGACGACGAAAUCAGAGAGGAAUCAGAAGUCAACGAGGAUGGCAAUGCAAAUGGAAGUAAUAGGAGAGUCAGACGACCAGUGCAGUACUACUCCAUCAAUACACCGGACCAUGAUGCUAGUACAGUGGCCGUGGUCAGUCGUUACAAGUACUACUCCAGACUGUCUCCGUACAGAAACAGCAAUUUUCAAAUGCCGGAACAUGUGGUACCACCAAAUUUCUUCAGUGUGAUUUAUGUAACUGUCCGGGGUGAACAAAACAGCAUCAUCACCAUAUUUUCACUAUGGAACACUAUGAUGGGAACAUCAAUCCUUAGUAUGCCAUGGGCCAUAAGACAGGCUGGAUUUGUGACCGGUAUCAUACUUCUGGUCUUGAUGGCGGGCCUCAUGUUAUACACGAGCUACCGCAUACUGACAGCAGUACAGGGCAUGUCAACGGAUUCCACGUCUGAGGCUCUAGAUUUCUCUGAUGUAUGUCAACACUAUCUGGGCCGCUGGGCACAGAUUCUGGCUAUAGUCUCAUCCCUGCUGACCCUGAUGGGCGGAGCCAUCGUCUACUGGAUACUCAUGUCCAAUUUUCUGUACAACAUUGUCACCUUUAUCUAUCAUAAAGCUACAGAUUCCAGUGCUUUUAAUUCUACACAAGAUUCCAAAGAUUACAUUUGUCCUCACCCACCUCCAGGGCAAAAUGGAUCUGUGUACUUAUCCUAUAAUGCUAGCAUGUACACCGUCCCCCACCUGAUGUGGGCGGAGUCUGCUAGUCACACCCAUGACUCCACCCUUGACCGUGUUUGGCAGGAGGACCACACUGUGCCACUCUUCCUCGUCGCAGUGCUAUUCCCCCUCAUCAACUUCAAAUCUCCUACCUUCUUCACAAAAUUCAACUCUUUAGGUACAAUAUCUGUGACCUACCUCGUGAUAUUUGUGGCGUACAAUGCUUCCCAGUGGGGGUUUCAUCUUGACCUCAGUGUUCCUUCAAGCAGUGACAAAUAUAUACCAAUGUUUAAGGGGACAUUUGCAGCCCUGACGGGAGUCGCGGCCUUAGCCUACUUUGUACAAAACUGUGUGAUAUCAAUUGUCAGAAACCAAAAACAUCCUGAAAAUAAUGUUCGUGACUUGGUGAUAGCGUACAUCUUGGUAGCUCUUACCUACACUUACAUGGGAGUAAUGUUCUAUUCCUCAUUUCCAAUGUCUAAAGACUGCAUAGAAGAUAAUCUUUUAAAUAACAUGGCGGACACAUAUGUGCUGGCAUUUGUGGCUCGGAUCGGCCUGUUUUUCCAGAUGAUGUGUGUGUUCCCACUGUUGUUAUAUAUAUUCCGUGUCCAGUUUCUACACACUGUGUUUGGAUCUGUAUGGCCAAGCUUGAAGCAUGUGCUUGGACUGAACAUUUGUAUAGUGGCUGUGUGUAUAGUGUUUGCUGUAUUUCUUCCUCACAUUGGAUCCAUCAUAGGAUUUGUGGGAGCAUUUUGUGGUUUGUCAUACGCGAUUGCCCUACCAUGUCUUGUGUAUAUGGUAAUUCGUCACCAGAAUAACACCCUGACCAUGCCAGUAAUAGCCUUUCACUCUUUCCUCAUACUCAUAGGGCUGGCAAACUUUGUCGGACAAUUUAUCAUUCUUGGAAAAACAAGCUGAUUCGAGUUAUGAAGUUUUGUUACUCCUGUUUCUAUUGUCCUUAUAGAUGGGUGAUGAACAAAAAGUUGUUAAUAGGACAGAUUGGCUUCUGAAAAGCAUGAAGAAGUAAGCUAUAUGGACUAGCAGCUGAUACCAUAUUCAGCCUCAGGUUCCAAAGAAGAUAUUUAAUGUUUCAUAAAAUACACUGUACAAUGUAUUGACAUUUGCCCCCUUCAGUAACCAUGUAUUUGGACCCUGCUCUCAGCCUCUUUUGGCAAACAACAUGUAAGGUAUAACUUAAUUUCAGAUAGAAUUUGUCUAAAUAUUCCCAUGGAUAAUGAUGCUAAUUUCAGAUAGAAUUUGUCUAAAUAUUCCCAUGGAUAAUGUAUGCUAUUUAUUCCUUUCAUUGUUGGGAUAUUUUAAUUUAUAUCACUGCUUCAUGAAAAUGUCUUAUCGUAUAACUUGCACGUUAAUUGUUAUGUAAAACUUACACAUCAAUACAUGUAUCAAGUAUAUAUAAGUUAUAUAUGUAUGUUCUCAUUGUUGUACUUAUCCAGUGCUGAAUUGGUAGAGUAUCAGGUCUGUAUAAUGUUACAGUAUACUGGGUAAUCCUUUUAUUGAACUGAAAGAUCUUCAUUUAUUAGAAGGAUACAUAAUUAAGUUGAACCUAGCAGGCACAGCAUAUUAGAAAAUGUUGUGAAUUUUUUUUAACCUAAACUGGUUCAUUUUACUUUGAAUUGUAAAAUUUCAGGGGUAAAGUAUGUGGAACUAAAACAGAUUUGUAUUGAUUGAUAACUUCUGUGAAGUGUCUACAAAGUUGUGUAAGAUCUUAAUUACACAAAUAAUUCAAUGAGAAAUCUUAAAAUACAAAAAAAAAAAAAAAAAAAAGCACUCGAGAUAGAGGCGAGGCUCAACAGCUCAGUAUGAAUAACCAUACUCCGACCCCUUUAUAUAUUUAUACGAGACACUAUAAAUAAAUAAUACUCUUUUGUAGAAGCUAUGAUAUUGUAGCUAAACAAUUCCAUGUCAGAUGUUAAUAAGCUGUACCAAAAAUGUUUCAUUCCUCUUUCCUACUAAAUAUUGAGGGUUUUUCUGGUAGUUAUUUAUAAUGCAGGUAAAUUUAAUAUGUAAAAUUUACAUAUUUUGUGUACAUGUUAUAAAGGUAUAUACAUAUACAAUAUGACAUAUUUCUGAUUUUUUUAUGUACAGUAAUAUUUGUUAAGGCUCCAACUAAUUCAAAUAGAUUAAGCACUGGGAGCCAGAUGUAUACUCUGUAUUCAUUUAUUAAUUUCAAUUGAAAUAGUAGGCAUUAGAUUAUUGGUUUAUAUUAGUGCUGCUAAAGUAGUCUCCAGUGGGCUUUAGAUGUACAAGUAUACAAAUUAUAUUCUGUAAACAUUAUUAAAGUUUCUAUAUAUGUAAGGAUACAUGAGAUUAUUUCACUAGCUGUAGAAUUAUUUUUUAGCUAUCAUGAAGAGCUAAAUGUUGUUUGCAAACUAGUUAUUGUAUGAUGUAUUCACACAGUCAAAUACUAAAUAAUCAUGUCAGAAUCCUGGAAUAUUUUCCAAGAUCAAGGUAGAUUAUUUUUUCAGGUUUAAGUCAUGUUUAAUAGGGAUAUAUAACCAGUUAAAAUAUAUAUCCAACAGUAGGUCUCCAGAAAAAAAAAUGAAAUUCUGUACAAGGUAGUUGUGGGAGAAAAUGCAGUGUAUUAUAUUAUACUAGUAGUUAGAAUUAAAUCACUUGUAUGGGUGUUCCCAGUUUAAUAGGGAGUCCUCAGGGUAGAUAUUUUACUGGAAUAGCCCUAAACUGUAGUUUAGCUGUACUAGUGAAAACACAAUACCUGAUAAAACCACCGAUAUUCUGACCAAAUUCAAUGUUGUUUAACUGAUUGGGGACCAAUCAAGUAAUAUGUAUACAAUAAGUCGGGUACUAUGAUUGUGAUGGAAGAGAGUUGGAUAAUCAUGAUUGUAUUUCAAGGUCAAAGUGGUACGAUAGGUUGUGAUCUAUUUAAUAGCAAUGCUGAGUUUAAUUGCUUUUACCAUUUUGUGAUCUAUAAUGGGCAUUAUCUAGAUGUAAAUGGCCAGACAGUUGAAUACAAUGUAAUUCUACAACACUGUCAAAAUUCUCCAUUUUGUGAACUGUGAUGGACAUUUAUAAAUGAUAAGAUAUAGUGGAGUGACACUCUUGUCAUCAAUAAAUUGUUCAAGUUUC